CUGGAUAUGUUAUAUGUCUAGAGGCAUUGGUUUUGCACCGAACAUUUAGAGGAAUCACAGUGUUUCUGCCACCAUGGUUCUGGGACUGAAGAACAAAAACAGGAAAAGCCCCUCAGUUCAAGUUGAUUAUCUGAUCCAUGUUCAGGAGAUUAAGCCUUGGCCCCCAUCUCAGUCUUUAAGAACUCUUCGUUCCGCUUUAAUUCAAUGGGAACAUGGUGAAAAGAACUCAGGGUCUACUAACCACGUUGCCCCUUCACUUGGUACUGGUGCAGGUGUUGGUGAUGGAAGAAUUGAAUUCAAUGAAUCCUUUAGGCUUCCUGUGACUCUGUUAAGGGAAAUGUCCAUUAAAGGUGGUGAUGGGGACACUUUCCAGAAGAAUUGUGUUGAGUUUCAUUUGUAUGAACCUCGUAGGGAUAAGACGGUGAAAGGUCAGUUAUUGGGAACUGCCAUUGUAAACUUGGCAGACUAUGGUGUUAUUAAAGAAAGCUUGAGCAUAAGUUUCCCCAUUAACUGCAAGCGCAGUUAUAGUAAUACAGCUCAACCAGUUCUCUUCCUUAAAAUCCAGCCGGUUGAAAAGAGUCGCACUAGCUUCUCGUCGAGGGACAGCCUGAUGAGAGAAACGUUGAUGGACGGGAAUCGUAGUGAAUCUGUUUCUGCAUUGAUGAAUGAAGAAUAUGCCGAUGAAGCCGAGAUUGCAUCAUUGACCGAUGAUGAUGUUUCCUCUCACUCAUCCAUGGCCUUUUCUUCUUCAGCUAUUGAGUCAAAUGCAGGGUCACCGUAUCAAAAAGAAGAGAAUGGGUCAGAGGCAAUGAAAGAUAGCCCUGGGGAGGCGAUUUACAAGCAUGUCGUAGCUUCAAAGCAAGGGCUUGCAAAAUUGGAUGAGACGCCAGUGAAUGUAUCAUUUGGAAGUCUGAAAGAUGGUUCAUCUUGCUCAUCAUCAACAGAUUUGUCUUCCGAACUAGCAUUCUUCUCCAAGAAAAUUAGUGGUUGCCGUAUCCAAUCCUCAUCCUCAUCUAUAGAUUAUGAAGGAACUGAUAAAGAGUUGAACAGAAACACCAGAAGCAAUGACCAGGAUGAUCUGGCACAGGAUAUUCAGGAAAACGUUGCUGAUGUUGGAAAUGGAAGUAAAGGUGCUGCUCAACAGAGCAAUAGGGAGAGCAGAUCCAAUGAAUUUUCAACCAAAGUAGCCUCUCCAGAUGAAGAUACCCAGGUGGAUGAGAAGUUGGGCUCUGCAAACUCUGUUGGAUCUCAACUCAAUGGGGAGGAUGAUGGGAAAGCUUGGACUCCUAGCAUAAAAUCUGCAAGUGCUGAUUUUAUUCAAAAUGGUUCUGUAGAGGAUAAGAAAAGACAGAGACAUCAAGAGAAUGGACAAGAAAGGCGAAUCCUGGAAGAGGAAAAUCAUUAUAUAGAGGAUAAAACAUUGAGCACAUUUCCACAAGAUGAUUCCGGAAAGCAAGUCUCAUUGGCAAGUGCUGCACUUUCUGUCAGUAGGGACAAUCUCAUACCAAAGCUUGAUGUCCUAAAUGGCGACAGAUUAAAGCUUGUGAAGUCUGUUCGUUCACCAAUGGACUCAAGUAGGAGCAAUGGAUCAGUCAGGAGUAAUCCGUUCAUGGAAAAAGUGAAGGAUGUUAGUGUUCAGGAAGACACUCAGAAUAUUGCUCGAAACACAUGGAGCAAUGGCAAAAAAGAUUCUAGUUUUCAUGCAAAGGAGACAAGAAACAUCAUUUCUGACAGCAAAAUCCAGAAAUUAGAACAGAGAGUCAAGAUGCUUGAAGGAGAGUUGAGAGAAGCUGCUGCUAUCGAGGUUGGCCUUUACUCUGUGAUUGCAGAGCACGGAAGUUCUGUAAAUAAAGUUCAUGCUCCAGCAAGACGCCUGUUUAGGCUAUAUCUUCAUGCCUAUAAAGAAAAAUUCCAAUCAAGGCGAGCAAGUGUAGCUAGAAGUGCUGUUUCAGGAUUAGUUUUGGUUGCAAAAGCAUGUGGAAAUGAUGUUCCAAGAUUGACUUUCUGGCUGUCAAAUUCCAUUGUACUGAGGGCAAUUAUGAGCCAAGCCUUUGGGGAACGGCAAGCACCACUCUCUGCUGGAUCUUUUGUCAAGAGGAAUGGAGAUUGGAAUGAAAACAAAAAGAAAAAUUUUCCACUCAAAUGGGGGUGCUCUCCCAACAAGGAGACCAGAAGUGCUCUACAUGGAAGUUCUGAUGACUGGGAGGAUCCUCAUACAUUUACAAUUGCAUUGGAAAAAAUUGAAGCUUGGAUCUUCUCACGGAUCAUUGAGUCUAUAUGGUGGCAGACUCUCACACCACAUAUGCAGUCUGCAGCUGCAAAGGCAAUCCAUAGAAGCAUAAGUUCUGAUAUGAGCAAAAUCUAUCGAAGGACGUCUGGUUCAGAUGAUCAAGAGCAAGGAAACUUCUCAUUGGAGCUCUGGAAGAAGGCUUUCGGGGAGGCCUGUGAAAGGAUUUGCCCUGUUCGAGCUGGAGGACACGAGUGUGGCUGCUUGCCUGUGCUUGCUAGACUGAUAAUGGAGCAAUGUGUGAUGAGAUUGGAUAUUGCUAUGUUCAAUGCUAUCCUUCGUGAAUCUGCUGACGAGAUUCCUACAGAUCCUGUAUCCGACCCCAUUAGUGAUGCCAAGGUUCUUCCUAUUCCAGCAGGGAAAGCGAGCUUUGGGGCUGGCGCACUACUGAAAAAUGCGAUUGGGAACUGGUCGCGAUGGCUUACUGACUUAUUUGGUAUCGAGGAUGAUGACUCUCUUGAAGAUGAGGAUGGCCCUGAUAAUACUGAUGCUGAUGAGACAAAAGAAUGUGAUACAUCCUUCAAGUCUUUUCAUCUUCUCAAUGCAUUGAGUGACCUCAUGAUGCUUCCAAAGGAUAUGCUCUUAAGUAGGUCAAUCAGAAAAGAGGUGUGUCCUACAUUUGGUGCACCAUUGAUAAGGAGGGUUCUUAGCACUUUCGUGCCGGACGAAUUUUGCCCAGAUCCUAUUCCUGAAGUUGUGCUUAAAGCCUUGAAUUCGGAGGAUCCAUUUGAAGCUGAGGAAACUUCAGUUAUAAACUUCCCGUGCGCUGCUGCCCCCCUAGCUUAUCGGCCACCUUCAGGAGCUUCACUUGCAGGUAUCUUGGGAGAUAUUGGAAGCCAGACUCAACUGACGAGAAGCCGGUCUUCAGUUCUCAAGAAGUCAUAUACUAGUGAUGAUGAGCUUGAUGAAUUGGAUUCACCCUUGACUUCUAUAACGUUUGACAAGUUCCAGCCAUCACCUACUUCAACAAAAUCCAGUUGGAUAUCAAAGGAAAAUGGUAGCCGUAAUGCUGUCAGGUAUCAACUUCUUCGGGAGGUAUGGAUAAAUAGUGAGUGAUCAUAAUGGGUUUGAAGGAUUGGUUUAUUCCUAUGCAAAGAAAAAAGACUGGGGGGGUUCAUCUUUUCUUAGAAUAUUAGCCUGGAACUUGAAUAAAAAUGGCCGCUGAGAUGCAGUUAGAUAUCAAUAAUAUCCUAUUGGAGGGUAUGGAUGAAAGAGAAAUUGUAGUGUAAGAUACAUGAAGAAAGUAGAUCAGUUUUUUCCCUUUUUGCUUUGUUGUUCUUAUCAGGUGGCGUGUAGUGUUAGAGGUCGGGUGUAGUUUUGAGGUGUAAAUCUGUAAUCUCUGUCUUUCUUUCUUUUUCUUUUUUUUUUUUAACUUUUU